AAGGUUUCAAAAUUAAAUAAUUUAAAUUAUAAUCAGUUUUACAGCAGUAGCACCGUUAAUUUUAAUUUAUUCAAAAUUGAUUAAUUAGCAUGACUUAUAUGGCAGGAAGUGGUGAAGUUUUGAGAACUUCCGGAAAGUUCGAUAUAAGUGUGAUACAUCCAACUACUCCCCAUUACAGCUCCCACAGCCAGCUAAAAAAAGCACUUGUAGAUGCAAAAACUGUCAUAGUCAUAAAGGAUCCUAAACUAGGCAAUAAGACUGUGUCUUGGCUCCAGUUUGGAAGACGACUUCAGGACAUGUGCGUUUUCACUGCCAUAGGAUCCGUAAUUUGUUCAUCUGCACUACAUGAGAGCAUUUCAAGAUUUGGCAAACCUCUGGCUGUAGGAUGUGUAUUGAUGAAUAUUGGAUACUGCUACUUUUGGAAUUCCCAUCCAUUACAGAAUUACAAAGUUGCACAAGGUCCAAGUGUAAUUUCUGCAAUUAGAAAUACUAAUACUAAUUCUACAAUAUUAGUGAGAAAAGUGGAACCUAGUUCAACUAAACUUCCUGCUUUACUAGCAAUUGGUGCACUUAUAACAGCUUUCUGGAAAGAUCUAAUUUCUUUUGACUUUAAAGAAAGUUUUAGAAACUCUGUCUUUAGAGAUGAACAAUAGAAAUAAAAAUUUAUUGCUUAAAUCUCAAUUUGUAUUGCAUAAUAAAAAAUAUUUUUAGACUA